GUGGUAUUGCUUUAUAGGACAUAGAUUCCGCCGUUUAUUGAAAAAGAUUUUGGAUGGGGUUAUACAGGAGUUAUUUCUGUAUCAAAGCGUAUUGAUCUUAGCAGUCUGACUAGAUCUAUUGCUAGAUGGUGCCAGGCCGUUUUUGAGAGAGAGGGGAAAAUUUAUAACAUUGUAGCGACUGUGAGAUCAAUAUCUUCUUAAGCUCCGGUAUUACCGGAAUCUUUAUCAAAUUGUCUUGGAUGAACAGGAGUUUUUAAAACGGGCUUUUAAGACUCGUAGAUAGUAGUAUUUCAUACCAUGGUGGGCAUGAUUGAUCAUCACUGCACUGUUACAGAACCCCUCCGCUAAAUAGAGUGCUUUUCAUUGCAGAUAUCCUAGAGAGAAUUCUAAAACGGGAUAGGCAAUACUGGUUCCUGCAUUGAAAUUGUUCAUGAUUCCUAAUUUCCUGCCAAAGUUAUUCCAUUAUGCUCUCUUCAGAAACACACACGAUUUGACAAGAGAAAUGUGAUACUAAUUGAUAUUGCAAGAAAGUGAACAAUUCAACAGAAUUUGAAGAAAGAGGAGGCGUCCUUAUAUUUGGCAAGAUGGAUUACAAUUCAAAGGGAGUGCGCAGGGAUAUGAUUGAUUCGCUGUUAACGUAUGUUAACAAGGACUUACUCAUAUGUAAAUUGUUCUACUUCUUUUUCUUCGCGGCAUUUGGAUCUUUGUAUCCUUUGCUAGCCAUCUAUUUCAAACAACUUGGUAUGAAUGCGACGCAAAGCGGAAUUCUGAUAGGUUUUCGACCGUUUAUUGAAUUCUGCAGCGCUCCAUUUUGGGGUGGCAUAGCCGACAAGCUAAGAAAAUGGUAUAACUUGACAUUAUUUUCUUUGUUAUGUUGGAUAGUUUUCACUUUAGCGAUGGCUUUUGUAAAACCACCACACAAAGCAUGUCUAGGAGACGGUAACACCACGGACACAGAUAUCAUUAAUUUUGAAAAGGAUCUAAUAAAGCCUGCGUAUAGUACAGUCUUCUAUGAGCGAGAAGAUGUUAAAGAUGCUUUCUUUGCUCUCUUAUUAAUAAUUGUAAUAGGCGAGUUCUUCAGCGCACCUGCUAUCACAUUUGCCGACACCGUUACUUUAUCUUACCUUGGCGAUGACACGGACAAUUACGGCCGUCAGAGAAUGUUCGGUUCCCUUGGUUGGGGCUUGUCCAUGUUCUUCGUUGGGAUGGCUCUUGAUCAUUCAACAACAUUUCCUGAGCAUCCCUGUGAGUUUCAACAUAACAAAGAAAAGAAUUACACUGUUUGUUUUGCCGUUUUCUCUGUUCUCAUGAUUUGUGCGCUUAUAACAGCGACACAGUUUAGAUUUCCGGGCCAAGAAACGGGAAAGGAUAAAACAUGGCCCAACAUUCUUCUAUCCUUGAAAGAUAAAAUAACUGAAACUAUUACGGGUAAAAGAAAAAUGGAUCGAGAACAGCUGGUUGAAGAAGAUGAUGAAUUUAAAUUCGGUCAGCCAAGAGAUACUAUAACAGAUACACAUCAGACAGAGUCAGAAUCAAAAGUUAGCGAUAAUGGUAAACCUUUACAAAUUUCACUUCAAUCAAAAACUGACAUGGUCACCGACGUUAUAAACAGCCCCGGAACCGUCGCUCCGCCCGAUCCUGAUGAACCGUUUCUCGGCCGAUGGGUAACAGUACUAAAGCUGUUGGCUUCGCUAAAGUUUAUCUCGGUACUGUUUGUUGUUUGGUUUAUGGGAUUUGGUAUAGGCCUCAUCUUCACAUUCCUGUUCUGGCAUCUUCAGGAUCUUGGUGGUAGUCCAACACUGUUCGGUGUGGCAUCAGUAAUCAACCAUAUAUCGGAGUUGCUUGCAUACUUCCUUUGCUCUAGAUUUAUUGCAGCAUAUGGUCAUAUCAAUGUUUUAUAUGCAGGGUUAUGUGGCAAUGUUGUAAGAUUCUUAUAUAUAUCCUGGCUUAAAAAUCCAUGGUGGGUGCUACCAUUUGAAUGUGUUCAAGGUUUGACUCAUGCCGCCGUAUGGGCAACGACAUGCUCCUAUGUGAUGCAGGCCAUACCACCAGGGCUUCGCUCAUCUGCUCAGGGUAUACUUCAAGGCCUUCAUCAUGGCUUGGGCCGUGGCUGUGGAGCUGUGUUUGGUGGUAUACUCGUAUAUAGUUUUGGCAGCGAGAAUACAUUCCGUGCUUAUGGCAUCACUUGUAUUUUUGUCCUUGCGGCAUUUUUUGGAAGUAACUGGUUCUUAAAACGUCAAGGGAUUUCAAUAGAAAGUCGUGUACCUCAUGAAACUCUGGAUGAAGAUCAACAAAUGACAUUUGAUCCGCAUGGUGUCCCAUCUGGCCUGGUGCGAGAUUUGUCCAGUAGCAAACUGAAGCAAGUUGAUGACCAAGUAACAAGCUAUGGUGCGACAUUAGGAACAAAUCUAAGAAAAGAACCGCCCUAUCAGACAAGUCAGGCAGCUGAUCAGCAAGACGACUUUAAUCCACGAGCAUCUGAGUACACUCAGAGUGGUAAUAGCUAUGGAACAAAUAGCUAUGAGUCAAAGAACAGACCUUGGGGUGAAGCAGAGCAAUCGUAUAACCAGUAUUCCCAACACCGACGAGAUAAGACCAGUCGAAACGAUCAGCAUACGCCUGCAAGUGAUGAAGUUCGAGAAUCUCAGAAUGUUGCCAAAAAUUCACAAGAAGAUCGCCGUGUAGACGAGACUGAUGGAUAUGCUCGAAUGGUAGAGGAAACAGAAUAUCCCAAACGACGAACUGAUAGCGAGUCUCCUCGUAGGCAUAGUUUUGGACAUGGUGAACCAAAAGAAAGGAAGGAACGACGUCGACGUCAAAGUGGUGACAUAGAAGGUAUGAGAGAACGGGAAGAUUAUAGCGGAUAUCAAGAACAAAAAGAACGCAGGCGACAUGGAGAGGAAGCUCGUGGUGAACAUAGAAGGCAUGCAGACAGAGACGAACGUGGUCAUAGACGACACAGUAAGAAAAGGUCAUCUGAAAGUAGUCAACUCCAAGACCUUGAUCCAAACCCCAGUGAGAAAAUAGUGUUUGAGCAACUACCGGAUAUUGCGUCACGACUUCCCCGACGUGAGCAACCGUAAUGAGUGAUAUUUACGGGCGAAGAACUUUGAAAACGUUUUAAAAAAGAUCCAGCAGACAUUGAAAUAAUUUGGUUUCAUAAUGUGCGUUAGGUCAUAUGAUAGAGAAUAUGUGUGCACUACUACUAAUGUUGUCAACUUAAGAUCACAUUUUCUGAGAGAAGAACAGUUCUGUUUAAUAAAACAGACUCUUUAAAAAAAAUUACCGGUCAAUAGCUUGUGCUAUAUUACUGGUCUAUUUUCAACACGUUUGCUGAGCUAAUAAGUUAAAAAUUAAAAAAAAAAAAUGUGAAAAUUCACUUCUGACGUCAAGAAAUAAAAAAGGACCUCGGACAAUAAUUUUGACUACUCAGACAGGCAAGUCAUUCAAUUAGUCUAAUAUAUAAUAUACACAUUGAAUGGUUUACCAUAUUAUCAGUAGUCACAUCCUGAACGAAGCCUAUUUUCACUGAAUAAAAAGUAAAAUGACAUAACUCGUAUCAAAUUGUGUAAAAAUAUAGAUAUUAUGUAAAUUGGUAACAUUUUAUGUUUAUCCAUUACAUUAAUAGAGGCAUACAUUCGGCUCAUUUGUUAAGUCAGUAAUGACGCUAUGUAUGGUUUUAUAAAACACCCACAGACAUUCCAGGACAAAAAAAAGAAUUUAUAGUAAAUGGGUGCUGGAUUUAUUUUUUGUUCUGCAAUGUCUUUGGGUGUUCAUUUUUUAAAUCCUGUAGCACAAUUCCUGUCCGAACAAAUAAGCCGAAUGCCUGUGGGUAGUUAAACUAGAAUGUAUAUAUGAUACCUUUUCGCUUAUCAGUUGGUAAGUGUCGUAAUUCCUGUACAUAGUGCAUUCCGUUGUCAUCAAAUAUAACUUAUAAACGUCGUAAUUGUGUAACAAGGCUGAAUUUUAAGAGUAUGUGAAAUCCAGUUACGAGAUGGUUGACUCAGAACAUACAGUUCAUAAACAAGUAAUUAUGACAGUGGUAGACCUUCACAAAGGUUAAGGCAUGCUACAUAAUGUUUUAUUGAAUUCCUAGUAGUAUACUAGUACUUCUGUUGCACGAAUACGGUAAGUAUUUUAAUAGUUUAGCCAGUACAGUUUGUUGCCUAACAAUUUAUGGCCAAGUCUUCGAAUCAAUUUAUCAUUAAAUUACUUUGUCAUAAAAUUAUAAUUUUAGGAAACUGCUUCAGUCUACGACUCUAUGGACAUGUUUUCAUGAAGCGGUGUGAUUUUACUAACAUACUUUACAUGCCAAAAACAGUCAAAUUUUUACACAACAUAUUUACAUCGAAAUUUUUGUAAUGCCCUACACAACAUCAAAUAAUACAGAAAGGAAAU